AUGGCGGAGGAACCAUCCGCCAAGCGUCAUCAUGGCGAGCCAUCGGACAAGAGCAGCGACCUCGUUGACGUUCACGCCCCCGGUGUGAAGCGCGAGUACACGAGAACCCUCACAGGGGUUGAGCUCCACGGCAAAGAGAUGCUGGAGAUCGUCUGCACCAGCGAACCAGACAAGGCUGACGAGGUGAUGAGCAGGCUCAGGAUGAAGGGCGGCGUCUUGUAUCCGAGAUUCAUCGGAGUUGAUGUGGAGCCCAAGCGCCUCAAACAGUUCCUGCAGGAGGAGAAAUUGUACACAUUUGUCGGUUUCAGCAUUGGAGGCAACAAGCGGAUGCUGAACAAGUCUGGUUUGGAGAUCAACCCCAACAACUUCAUCGACAUGCAGCGCAAGUGGAAAGAUCCACACACCGGCAAAUACUUCGACUCCUUGGCCGAUGUUGCAGGCGGCGUCAUCCACCCAUUCUACAAAGGCAUGAAGAAGAAGAGCGAGAAGAAGGAAGACCACAAAAAGUGGGGGACCAGCCCGCUGCCAGACAACCUCAUCACGUACGCAGGAAUAGAUGUGUACGCCACGUACAAGUCAUGGAAGACAAUUGACAACAUCAUGACAGGUUGGGAUAUUUCAGAAGAGUAG